ACGAAGAACAAGAACAAUAAUUACAGCGCUUUUGCACUUUGUUGAGAGCGGAGUUGCACGACAAGCUUGCAUUGGGAUAUACUGGUGAUUUAAAAUGCGUUUGAAUUUGGAUGCAUUUUGUAUACAGCUACGUGUUUCAAAUUAUGGUAAUUGAUCUAGCGGUCCACAGCUGAUUUGAUAGUCGACUGCUUUAUUUCAAUAGUGACUGCAGAGUCCUAUCCAUUACUAGAACAAGUCGAGACAUGACUAAUCCUAUGUUUUGGGACCAACUGCAAGCUGGAAGCUCCGAGGUGGACUGGUGUGAAGGCAAUUACCUUAUUUACCCUAGCAUUGCAGAGUUUUAUAACACGAUCAGCAACAUCUUGUUUUUUGUUUUACCGCCUAUAUUAAUGUGCUUGUUCCGCCAGUAUGCAACACAUUUCAACAGUGGAAUAUAUCUCAUUUGGAUUCUACUGGUUGUGAUUGGUAUUGGCUCAACAUACUUCCAUGCCACCCUCAGUUUCCUGGGUCAGAUGCUGGAUGAGUUGUCCAUCCUAUGGGUGCUCAUGUGUGCCAUCGGCAUGUGGUUCCCCAAGAGAUAUCUGCCCAAGAUGUUCAGGAAUGACAGGUCAAGGUUCAAAGUGGUCAUCGGCAUCUUGUCCGGGAUCACCACUGGUUUGGCCUUCGUUAAGCCCGUCAUCAACUCAGUGUCUCUGAUGACUCUGGGUAUACCCUGCACCGUUCUGCUCAUUACUGAGCUCAAAAGGUGUGAGAACCCACGUGUAUUCAAGCUGGGGCUUAUCUCUGGGUUUUGGUGGGCUCUGGCUCUCCUCUGCUGGAUCAGUGACAAGAUCUUCUGUGAGAUGUGGUCCUCUGUCAACUUCCCCUACCUACACUGUGCUUGGCACAUCCUUAUCUGCCUAGCCUCCUACCUGGGCUGUGUGUGCUUCGCCUACUUCGACGUCGCCACAGAGGCCCCCGAACGAGGCCCGGUCAUCAUGUUCUGGCCCAACGAGAAAUGGGCCUUCAUCGGAGUGCCCUAUGUCACUCUACUCUGUGAAACCAAGAAAUCUGACUCUGUCAAGGUGACAUAACAUCCUCAGGGCCCACUGAGCUUGGAAAAUUCCUCACUAUGAGGUGCUCCCCAAACAUGCACACAAAAUACGCCCUGAUGUCAGACAAUCUGAACAAUGCAUGUAGAAUGCUUUAAAAUUAAGUACCUCUAAAGUACUUCUCUGACAUGGGUGACAAAGUCCACAUAACGUGUCCGUUAUCGCUUCAAAAUGAAAUCCCCUCAAUAAUGCAAUAAUGUUUUAUGCAACUUAAUGUCAAAGCACAAAUGUGUCCCGCAGUCAUCUAUUAAAGUGACAUAAGUGAGGUAACAUCAAUGCUAAGAAACUUACCAAGUUCUUCAUUAAUCAACUGCGAAUGUAAUUCUCAGGCUUUGUUGAGGUGAUCGUGAAUAAUUCAAUUUAGAGUAAGGCAGUAAUGUAUAUAGGUGUGUUGCAGUGUUUCUCACAGAUAUGUAUUUUUUCAGCUCUGGAUCUACUAUUCAAAAUGCUCACUUGCCCUUACAUUUUCAGGCAAUUGAGCACAAAUGGUGAGGACCUUGCCAAUGGUGUAUAUUGUGCAGUAUUUACAUAUACAGCGUGGCUGACUGAUUGUUAAUACUGUUAUAGACGUAUAUAUUAAUUAACCCCUUAGACUCAUGGGAAUUGACCUAUAGGGAGAAAUUGAAAUGUUUCUUACAGAAGAAAUAUGGAAUGCAUAACCAGGAUAGCAAUUAAAAGGGAACAGUUUGGUUAGUUAUUGGAAAAUGAUCACACUAAAGCUGAGGACACAAGACUGAAUCCAAACAUUACAUUUUUUGUGCAUUUUACUUUCAAUGUACUUUUCGCCGCAUUUGUUGAUAACGAAAUCUAAAAAUACUCUGGAUACAUUCAGUUACAUGAUAAAAAAAUAUUAUUGGAAAAUUUGUGUUAGGUACAACAUAAGACAAAAAAAAUGACAAGUGAGAGAUCUAAUUGGUGUUCCCAAGUGGCUUCUCCAAAGUAAUUCUCUCCGAAGUAAUUUCAAUGCACUUUUUAUGACUCAAAGAAGAGUCUUCAACUGUAAGGAGUUUUUUUUCUUCUCUCCUAGCUGUGCCGUUGAGGAACUAGAGCCCGCACAUAUGUGGUUUUUUGUUGGGAACACAGCCCUGCAUCCCCGUCUUUACACAAUUACUGUUGUUUACGCAAUCCAAAACCGGUCCAUUAUAAAUCGCAAUCUGGGUCAGGUGGGCAUAACGUGAAAGAUUGUUCUAUUGCCAAAAUGACUAGCUAAAUAAUAAAAUAUGUACUCACAGUGUUAGGCCUUCACAAGGCAAUUCAGAGAAGGCGAUAAUCAUUUUGGUGCGCAUAGAAUGGAGUCGUGUGCAUUCAGAUGCAUGGUCCGCUGCAAGUUUAUCACGAUACAACAAAUAGGCUCAUUCUGUUCAGGACAACCCAGGGUAUAAUGCCAUGUCAUCUGUACAUCAAACAUGUAAUAUACAUGUUGACACUAUAUUACUUGAGUUGAUAUGGUAAUGUGAAGUAGACUCACAGGUGUUUGGCUUGGUUGUAUGACAUCAGUGGUAUAAUCAUCCUCAUAAUUUAUAGCCUUUCCCUCACUCAGACAACAAAACAUUUGCUAAAGUUGCCCAAUUAUAGCGGGAGGGAUGAAGGCAACUUCUUGUCGCGUGCGGUGCUCAAGUUCAGAACAACUGUCAGUCAAAACCCAUACAGAGCUAUGAAGCUGAAAUCCUGAGGAAAUCCUGAGCUCUGACUCAUGUAUAGCAUGUUACUGUACAGCCAUUGUGUUUGAAUUUAGGCUCUUAGCAAUCUUUUUCCACACGUAUAUGGGUACGAAUGUGAAGCGUUAAGACUUUCUGUAUACAGUAUUAUCUCAGUUAUUGCAUUAUCUACAACUAUAUUUAAGAGCAUUUGUAUUAUAUACUUUAAAAUGUAAGGCCGAAAGCAAACCAUUUUUUUCUCCCUGUUGAAGGCUCUGGAACACACCUUUUUGAAGUAAGAGGUGUUUAGCUGAUUCUUAUUUUAAACACUCAACCCCCCCAACCAUAGUAUUUACUGAAUGCGGAGUAUUAGAAGAGAAAUGUAAGUCAAGUCUCAGAUUGUCAGUUGUCAUGAAAAUGAGAGUAACAGAACUGAAAUGUAAAACACUGUCUCAACUGUUCAUGAUUGUGAAUUGCAACCAUAUAAAUACUCGCAUAGACAUAAAAGGGAUAGGUCAGUUACCAUAGUAAUUGUUUGCUGUUGAUGUCUUCAUGAUGCCUUGACAGCAAUAUUAUGCUGGUUGUUACGUGUCCAACCCUACUGAAUAGUUACCCACAUGAAGAGAACUAAGAAAGUCUAAACUAGACAACAAGGGAGUUUUUUGCACCUGUUAUUUUCAGAAGGGAAUAAGAUAAAAGCAACAAGAAUAAAACGCACAACUAUCUUAAUAUUUAAUCUACCUUUAGGACUAAAAUACACUUUUAUUAUAGGAGAUUCAUGUGCCAUUGAACAUUAGUUUUUAGUCCAGGAGUAGAUUUUCUCUCUGUCUGGGGAAACUGGCCCUUAUUAUUUUUAUAUUUCCUCCUGGAAAAUAAGUGGUGCAAAAUGUCACUGGUGCAAGUGCUAAACAACUCUGGAUGGCCAAUGAAGUAGGUCUAUUUAACAAAUGAAUUAAUAAUUAUGUUAUGAAUUUAAGUUGCUUUCUUAAUUGUCAUUUUUGUGCCAAAAUUGAUUUUUUUUUUUUUUUACAUUACUUUGAGCCCUUAGAGAAAUAUAAGGCAUGCAAUGCAUAUCCAAUUAAGAGGCACUGUGUGUAGUGGCAAGCCUUGCGUGAAGCUGGUUGGCUUUUUCAAUAUCCAUGUAAGUGAAUUGAAAUUGAGUAAUUGAAUACAACUGCUCAACCUACACUACCAUUUGGAAGGGCAGGUUGUUGGUUGGAGGAGGCAUAGCAAACACUUUUGACUCCAAUAACAGUUUUACCACAAGUAAUUUAAUCUCAAAUCAAUUACCUUUUUGUGGACUCCAUUUAGAACUGUUCUGUUUUCAACUAAGCUAUACUGUUAUUUCUUUACACAGUCUGAUACAAUUUGUUUUGUAUACAAUUUGUUGGGUUGUGUGGUGUCGCAGUAUAGGGGCAAACAAGUGCAGGAAACAACUCUAUCCAGAGUCCACAAAGUGGUAUAUUUUGUAACUACAGUAUCUGAAGUAUUUUGUUUAGCCAAAAAGUAUAUUUAUAUUUUCCUAAAUGUAGAGCACAACCAUUCAAAUACAUGUUUAAAAGGAUGCAAGACAGAAAAAACUGAAGUAUUAUUAUUUUGGAUUGUCAACCAUUGUAGUGAGUAGAUGUCAUUUAAGGUAUUGUAUGGGAAAGGAAUACCGUAACAUGCAGUGCACUGUUUUAACAAAGGCAAAAAGAGCCGCGCUGGUGUCUACAAACCUUGAUACCUUCUACUUGGACUUUAUUUAAAAACCUGCAGACAUGCAGGAUGGUAACUGUUUUUAGAAUAUGACCAUGUAAAAUCAAGAAUCAACAUUCUGUUGCUUUCCAAAUUUGAGUGAUUUGACAAAGUGCAAAGCUUUUUUACUUGUCAAAAUAUGUGUUUUGAAUCCUAUGACAGCCUGUGUAGUAGGCUAACUAAUACCCCUUUCACACUAUGCACUCCCAAAGCAAUUUGUGCUGGCUUCACAUUGUCCUUUUCAGCAAGGUUCCAGCAACUAGUGGAUGUGUAACUGGGCCAACUGAGUUUGGCUUGGCUCAGUAGUGUGAGGAAAAAACAAAUGUAGGACCUGUUUGAAUGCUGUCACUUAAACAACGCAAUCUUAUUUCUCUCCCUUCCUCAAAGUAAUCACAGAUGUGAGAUGUUUGAUUGGUAAAAGCAGUGGUGUUUAAGCUUUACUUUUACUUAACCAAUUACAUGUCAGGGAUGGCCUCAAGGUUAGGGCGGAAAGAAUUAUGCAUUUUCUAUUGAAACGGCCUUGAGCUAGCCAACCUAAAGCCUACAUAAUUGUAACUCCGUUCAAGUGAAGUUUAAUCUAUAAAAAGAGUUCUUGAUCCAUCUCUCUACCUGUAAUGACAAUACAUUCAAGUUGCACAGUAAUAUUUAUUUUCAGAGUUUAUCCUGUUUUGUAGACAAAUAUUUUGAAUGUUAUUGAAGUAUUUUAUAUCAUUAUUUUAUGCAACAAAAUAUAAACUACUACAAAAAAAUGCACUGUCUUU